AUGGAGGGUCCUGAGCCAGUAUCCCCCGGUCCGCACGCGUUGAACCACGAUUCUAUGGUCACCGUCUCUCUAUCGGAUAUCCAGUCCAGUUCCGAACAUACACAACCCGAUUGGCGCAACCUCGACAUUCCUCCAACGCCAGUGGUGGCAACCCACCUGGAGGAGACCGACUCUUUUUGCCCAGCAAUACAGGACGGCAGGACAACCCCUACCCCCGAGGACGAUAUGCCGACACCCGACGCGAACGGAGAGAAGCAAUUGGAGGAAGGGGACAAUGACGUGAACUGGGAGAAUCUGGACAAGACCGAGGAGCAAGAACCGCGUGGGGAAGGGUCCGACGAUUCCACCGCCCUCCUCCUCGCUCGACUCGAACAAGAGAACAACGCGUUAGCAACGAACCCCAAAUCAGGCAUUACCAAUGUUCCACACAAGACACAUCAGCGGCAAUCCCGCUCGGAGUCGCUGCACCAGAUCAAGCGACUCAUCAAGGACCCGGCGCGGGCUGAGCUGCGAUACUCUCAGCUGCCUCCUCCACCGAUGACCGAGUUGGAGUUUUGGGCUGCGCUGGUGGCUGAUUAUCAUCAGACGGCUCAGCGCUUGCCGACAUUGACCUCGAAUAAGAUCCAGGGAGGUGUACCCCCGCCACUGCGAGGAGUGGUUUGGCCAAGUCUAGCGGGUGCUCGCGACCCGACCCUUUUGGAAGAGUUCCAGCGACUGCAGGGAGAAAGUAGUCCGUAUGACGGGCUGAUUGGCAAGGAUAUUGGUCGGAGUUUCCCCAAUGUGGAGAUGUUCCGCGACCCAAAUGGCGAGGGCCAGCAGAUGCUCGCUCGAGUAUUGAGAUGUUUUAGUCUCUAUGAUACCAAGAUUGGUUAUUGCCAAGGGCUUGGAUUUGUGGUUGGCCCUCUGCUCAUGCAUAUGACAGAUGCUGAGGCCUUCUGUGUUUUGGUCCGUCUCAUGGACCACUACAACCUCCGAACAUGCUACCUUCCCGAUCUCUCUGGUCUUCAUCUUCAUGUCUACCAAUUCCAGAAUCUCCUCGCGCGUCAUCGACCUGCUCUCUUUGAACACUUAGAGUCACUGCAUGUUGAACCCGUUUACGUGUCACAGUGGUUCUUGUCAUUCUUUGCGGUAGCAUGUCCACUCCCCAUGCUCCUCCGAAUUUACGACGUCAUUUUCCUGGAAGGCGCUUGUGAGACUCUAAUGCGAGUUGCGCUUUCCUUGAUGCAGCGUAACGAGAAGAGAAUUCUCGCUUGCACCGAGUUUGAGGACGUGAUGCAAUUGCUAUUAUCUCGAAGCCUGUGGGACACAUACGCGUUCAAUGCGGAUGACUUGGUCAACGACUUUGUGUCUCUCACCUCUCUCGUGACAAACGAGAGUCUUCAAACCCUUGAAGCCAGUUACAAUCAAUCCCAGGGUAACCCCACUGGGAUCUCCUUCCCCCAGAUGCAGGCCACAGCUUCUGGCUUCCUUGGGAGGCUAUGGGCUGGCUCUUCCAACUCUCAUCAAUCAGUGAAAUCACUCAACCCGAACUCGAGCCCGACACGUCCUAACAGCACCAUCCGUCGCUCAACUUCUAAACAAAGCCUCACGUCCACCCUUAACUCUGUCGAAACUACCUCUGACGCGAGUACUGCUCCUACUGAGCUUUCAACUGCCAUGACAGGCACCGAUGGCCAUAAAUCACGUGUCAAAUCUAAUAUGUCCUCACAUCACAAGGACCGCGACCUUCAUACUCAGAUUGAAGAUCUGUUAAUGGCACUCAGCGACUUACAACGCCAACAAGCCGAUUUGACACGUGAAUUGCAACAGGAGAGAGAGGACCGUGAAGAAGACCAUGCCUUGGCCAAGGAAAUGUUGAGCCUCCUCCAAGAAAUGCCAGCUGAAACACCGACAGAAUUGAUCAACAAGGCCAAGGCACGGUUUGAACCUAGCGUGCCAAGGCGUAUUUCAAUCACCCAAACCAAGCUCCAACUAAACGACGAUGUCGCCCGAUGGAAGGAAAUGCACGAGGUGGAAGCCGGCCGUUGUUUGGAUCUGACCCGUCGCAUCGACGAUUUCGAAAAAGAGAACUCAUCUCUGAAAGAACAAUUACGAGAAGCCCGAGGCCGGAUUCAGGAUGGCUAUCGCGAUCGACAGCGACUCGAGCGCAUGAACAGAGAACUACGUACCAUUAAAACACCUACUUCAGCUUCAGCGACACCACCAGAUACGUCCCCUUCAUCUGCGACUGAUUAUGGAGAGGCGCACUCCCCCACGAAUGGUCUGCGUGAGCUCAAGCUCACCCGCACCAACUCCACGAAGAGCCCAACCUACAGCAAACGAUCCAGUAGCCUAGGUCUCCAAAAUGUGUUGGCAACCGAGAACAAUAGACCGGCUGGCGAAGAGGCGUUGCUCAUGGAACUGGUCACUUCCAAGACUGCGGAGGCAGUCGCAAAGCAGGAGCUUGAGGAAGUGAAGGGCAAGCUCGAGGCAUUACGAAAGAUGAUCAGUCCAUCCCAGGCGGCCAAGGCAGAGAACCGCCAUUCUUUCAUUGGUCUUUCGCCGUCACGAAUGAGCCUUGCUAAAGCUGCCACAGAACCGUCAAAGCAAGUGAUGACACCCCCUGCCACCAACACCGGGGGAGGGGGCUUCUUCAGUGGAUGGGGUCGACGGGCCAAUAAUGAAGCCCCAUCAUGA